GUUAAUGGAGAAAAGCUUCACGGCGUCUCCGCGGGAGAACAAAACCCUCGCUAUCGUCGGCCAUUUCUCGUCUGAUCAUACGCAUGUACAUGCUUAUGCUUCUCAGCACCAUCAUCUUCUACUGCAAUCUCGCUGGCUGAAAAAUGAGGUAGAUCUUGAUCUUCGUUUCUCGGUUCGGAGGCUUGGCGCGACUUUCGGAAGACAUGGAGACUACUGAAUUCGAACUCAGUAACCGCCCUUUCAUUUGAACUCGGUUCAAUUACAGGAUGGUUUCAUUGUUGCAAAUAGCUGAUCUGAAAAAUGGUUUCAUGGCUUCAGGUGCUAUUGGGAAUUGAUUUAGUGAUUGCAAUCUUGUGAAUUUUGCAUCUGUGAGGCUGUUUUGUUGCAUAGACUAGUAACUCUCGGCGUCAAGUCAUUAUCAGAAGGAAAAAUUUGGAUCUUAAGUGCCUGCUCAUUGUGGUCUCUCUGAAUCUGGCUGUAUUUACUCAAUUGUGGACUCUAUUAUUUGUUCUAAACUGAUGGAUAUCUCAUUGGGAAUGUUGAAAUUUGGAUUCAAAACUUUCUCCAUUAGUUCUUGCUAUCUGUAGACAGUUUUAUAUCUCCUGUCCCAUAUUUUCUGGAAUUUAGUCUUGGGGAGGGGUUUGGCCAUGGGGCCUUUGCUGUUGACCUUACCGGGGCCACCAAUAAAACGAAGAGCGGGAUUGAGGAUUAAACAGGCAGGACGAGGUUCAUAUCGGGGCAGUUAGUUAAGGUUUCAGUGGUAUUUUGGCUGUUUUAUGUGUUUGAUCAACGGGGCUCUUUUGUUUCUGAAGAAGUUUAACAUAUGGGGACUACCCAUCUGCAGCAGUUCCUGCAGAGUCUUUGCCACAAUUGCUCUUGGAGCUAUGCAGUAUUUUGGAAGCUGCGGCAUGAGAAUGAAAAACUUCUAACAUGGGAAGUUGGAUGCUAUGAUUGUCUAAAGCUGGGAGGAUCUGAGGAAAGCUUACAGAAUGACUCCAUUUUUAAUGGAUCCAAAGAGAUAUUUUCAUGUAGUUGGGGUUCAUGUAGACAUGAUGGACAUUCAGGUGAAUAUCCAGCUUGCCAAGCAGUAGCAGAUUUGGCCAGGGUUCAGUAUCCAUGGGGAGAGGGGGUGGUUGGUGAAGUGGCAUCUACAGGGAAUCAUCGCUGGUUCUUCUGCAAAAAUACGUCAGCCGGUGAAUUUGCAUGUAUAGAAGUUCCUGAGUGUCCAAGUGAAUGGCUACUUCAAUUUGCAGCAGGUAUCAAGACUAUAUUGCUUGUACCUAUUGUUCCACAUGGAGUUUUGCAACUUGGUUCACUGGAAAAGGUUGCUGAAUGUCUAGCUGUGGUCACUUAUAUCAGAGAUAAGUUCAAUGCCUAUCAGAAUGGCAUGGAUUCAUUUCCUUCCAUUACAGUGGAAUCUCUAGAUGAAAAGUCAUUGCUUAUGCCUUUUUCCACGGAUAACUUGGAUAAGUUCUCAGCCGCCAUUUUGAACCAAAUGAAGUCUGAUGAUCUCGAGGCAGUUUACAUUGCCAAACCAACGAACAGAAAAUUGUCAACUACUAAUAUCGUGAUGCCAGCAUGCCACAUUUCAGAUAAAGGUGUGGUAGAUGCUAUCAAUAAUAAAAGGGAAAAUGAAAUGUGUGUCCAAUCAAUUGGCUUAACCAGAGUAUCAGAACCACUUGAUCAAUUGCUAAAUGAUACUGAAUCAGAGAUGAUUGAUGGUAUCGUGGUUGGAUUUUCCAGUCUCUAUGAAGAACUUCAAGCCUUAUCUUAUUCUGACAACUACAAUGUGGUUGGAGAACAUGCCAAUCCUAUUAUAAAGUCUGAUACCGACAUAGGAAUGAUUGAACAGCCAUUUGUGGACAAGGAUGCUGAUAACUGGGGCAAUGAAAAUGUUAAUACUUUCUUAAGCUUUCCCAUGGAUUCUGAGCUGCACAAAGCACUUGGACCUGAUUUCAUGGAUCACACUAAAGAAUCAGUGUGGGACCCAUCUAUCUCAGUUGAUGACAUCAAUAGUGUCCCAGGUCAGAUCUUCAAUAGUGAUCUCAUCCAUGGUAUUGAGCCAUUAGACAUGGAAGCCUGUGAAUGGUCUGGUGAAAUACAUGAGGCCGAACAUCUCUUGCAAGCUGUAUUGUCCUGUAUGCCUGAUAGUUUAAUUGAUAAUUCAUCUAACAGAUUCGAGGACGUCAAGAUUUCUCCCUUAUCAUCAGGACCAUUUGUGGCUUCCAAUAAAGCACAUAAUCAAUCUGAAGAAGGUGCAUUUGUGAUGGAGAAAAGAAUUCAAAGGAACUUUGCUCUUGGUGAACCAAGCCAAAAGUCUAUUACGGGAUUUCCAUCUUCUCCAUGUGAAAGCACGGUGAGCACAUUGGUUGAGCAGCAGCAGCAGCAGAAGAAGGUGGUUAAUUGCCACCUGCAGAGUAAGAGGGGGCCAAAACUCUCCAACGCCAGGACAAGAAGGCUGAGACCUGGUGAAAACCAGAGGCCAAGACCCAGGGAUAGGCAACUGAUACAAGAUAGACUCAAAGAACUACGGCAACUUGUCCCAAAUGGUUCAAAGUGUAGCAUUGAUGGCCUCCUAGAUAAAACAAUAAAACACAUGCUGUUCUUAAGAGAUGUUACUGAUCAGGCUGAUAAACUAAGGCAGUGUGUUCGUGAGGAGGCAGGCAGUCGGGACAAUGUGAAACUUUCAGGCACUAAAUGUGAUACUCAGAGUGGGACAACCUGGGCAGUUGAACUGGGAGGUGAUCUCCAAGUAUCACCUAUAGUUGUGGAAGAUCUUGAAUACCCAGGACAGAUGCUAAUAGAGAUGCUUUGCAAGGAUCAUGGGCUCUUUCUGGAGAUCGCCAAGGUCAUACGAUGUUUGGAGCUAACGAUCCUGACAGGAGUGAUGGAAAGCUGGUCAAACAACAGAUGGGCACGUUUCGUCGUUGAGGCUCCAAGGGGCUUCCGCAGAUUGGACAUCUUCUGGCCUCUAAUGCAACUACUGCAGCACGAUCAAUGGCCAAGCCCCGGCAAGAUUUGAUGCAUCUCAAAUCCUGAUUAGAAGGUAAGCUUGAAAAACAGGCUGCUAAGAUGGAACUUUGUGUUUACUGUUUCCAUUUGUUUCGGCUUGCUGUUUUACCAGAACCUUAAAAGUUGUCGGCAUCUGUGCAUCAUCUUUGCAUGUCACAAAGCAAUCACUUUAGCCGACAAGAAUGUUGAGUAGUGCAUUAAUGGAGGGAUAUUCCAUGUACAAUAUGCAAAUAUGUUGUUUGCUAAUAAGCAUAUUGGUGAAACGUGCAAAUAUGUUUGUUGUUAGAUAAACAUUUUGGGUUAUUCUGUACCAAUGAUGGAUGUCGUUUAUCUCA